CAGAGACAAAAUACACUCACUGAAGAUUUAGUCAAAGUUUAGUUCAAACCAGAAUCCAUAACAAAGAAAAAAGUAACAGCAGAUAGACGAGGCCUGCUAAAGGCUAACUGUCUUAGCUAAAAUACACUUUGGCUUGCCAACCAUCACUUAAAAACUCUUUUAUCUCUCUUUUUGUAUUUUAAUCUGUUUUAUACUUAGCCUACUGUUGUCUGCUUUUGUAAGGUAGUACAGCUGAUAAUAAUCACUGUGUUUUAAUAAUCAGUAUGAAGUCAAACCUUCAGCUUGACUCAGACAGGAAGUUCAACUCAGGGCAAACUUCCCCUUUUCUCUGAACUUCACUGUUUCUGUUGUGACUGUUUUCAGCCUUUUCAAUAUUGAAUUGGAAUUAAAACUAUUUGAUCGACUUUAAAAAUGCAUUCACUCUAAUGGCAAAAUUAGCAAAAGGUUAUCAGUAUUUUUUAAUAUUUAACAUGUGAUGCAACAGAAAUGUGUUUGUCGAGUUUCAAAUUCAUUUCUUUCAUGAUUUAUCUAAUUUAAAUGAGGAUUUUCACAUAAAGCAGCAGGAAGUCCAGACUUCACUGCAGGAUGAUGUUAACCUUUCCUGCUCUGCUCGUCCUGACCGUAGUCGGGGCACAGGGGAGAUCUCCUCCAGGGCCGGCGUUGUCGCGGUUAACUCCCUCACAGCAGUGGAAGCAACAGGACUAGGCUUUACCUUUUGAACAGCAGCUUUAUUUUGAACCAUAAGCACCUUGGAAUACACUUUUUCCUUUCUCUUCUCUUGUUAUUCUCACACACUCACAUACAAAACUACCGCUCGCUCUCUUCUCUUCACUGAACACACAUACGCAUAUCACGUCACACUCUGCUUUCUCUCUUAAAGGGAUUCACACACCAAUCUCAUAACAAUGAGCUGUCUUAGUAAAUCAGCUGCUGAACACAUUCAGACUGAGGCCAUAAAUGAAUUAAUGAUCACAGCCGAUAUUUGCAUUGCAUCAUUUUCUUGGUAAAUUAGGCUUUUAGUGAGGUGCAAAAUGCCAAGAAUAUUCAGGGUGACAUUCCUUAUAUUCCACUAAUAUGUAAUAACAGUUGUGUUUCUUCACCCUUCUUGUCCUCAGAGUGUAGAUAUGUCUGCUGCUGCCAGCUGUCUGCUGACUGAAGAUCAGUUUCUGUGCUCCAUCUGUCUGGAUGUGUUCACUGAUCCAGUCAGCACACCAUGUGGACACAACUUCUGCAAAACCUGCAUCACUGAACACUGGGAUAAAAAUGUCCAGUGUCAGUGUCCCAACUGUAAAAAGGUUUUCUAUACCAGACCUGAGCUGCAGGUGAAUACUUUCAUCUCUGAGAUGGCUGCUCAGUUCAGACAGUCAGCUCAACAGAAAGUCAGCAGCAGCAGCUCAGAGCAGCAAGUUUCUAAACCAGGAGAAGUUCCCUGUGACGUCUGCAGUGGAACCAAACUGAAGGCCCUGAAGUCCUGCCUGGUGUGUCUGGAGUCCUACUGUGAGACUCACCUGCAGCGUCAUCUGACAGCGUCAGGCCUGAAAAGACAUCAGCUGAUCGACCCUGUGGAGAACCUGGAAGGCAGGAUGUGUCCGAAGCAUGAUAAACUGCUGGAGCUGUUCUGUAAGACCGACCAGACGUGUGUCUGCAUCCUCUGCACUCAUUCAGACCACAAGACACACGAUGUUGUUCCUCUGAAAGAAGAAUAUGAAGGAAAGAAGGCUGAGCUGGGGAAGACAGACACUGACAUUCAGCAGAUGAUCCAGAAGAGACGACUGAAGAUUGAGGAGAUCAAACACUCAGUGGAGCUCAGUAAGGAAGAUGCAGACAGAGAGACAGCAGAUGGUGUUCAGGUCUUCACCGCUCUGAAGGAGUCUGUUGAGAGAAGCCAGGCCGAGCUCAUCGACACGAUCAAAGAGAAGCAGAGAAAGACAGAGAAACAGGCUGAAGGCUUCAUCAAAGAGCUGGAACAGGAAAUCUCUGAGCUGAAGAAGAGAAGCACUGAGGUGGAGCAGCUCUCACAGUCUGAAGACCACCUCCACCUCCUCCAAAGCUUCACCUCCCUGAACGCUGCUCCACCCACCAAAGACUGGACAGAAGUCAGUGUCCGUCCAUCUUCAUAUGAGGGGACUGUGAGGAGAGCUGUGAAUCAGCUGGAGGAGACGCUCAGUAAACAGAUGAAGAAGCUGUUUGAGGCUGAGCUGAAGAGGGUCCAGCAGUCUGCAGUGGAUCUGACACUUGAUCCUGAUACAGCACAACCUGCUCUCAUCCUGUCUGAUGAUGGAAAACAAGUUAAACAUGGUGAUGUAAAGAAGAAUCUCCUAGACAACCCAGAGAGAUUUUAUUGUCCCUGUGUCUUAGCAAAGCAGAGUUUCUCUUCAGGAAGAUUUUACUACGAGGUUCAGGUUAAAGAGAAGACUAAGUGGGAUUUAGGAGUGGUCAGAGAGUCGAUCAACAGGAAGGGAGUCAUCACACUGUCACCUCAGAAUGGUUACUGGACAAUAUGGUUGAGGAAUGAAAAUGAGUAUGAUGCUUGUGCUGACCCUCCAGUCCGUCUCUCUCUGAAGUCUGGGCCUGAGAAGGUGGGGGUGUUUGUGGAUUAUGAGGAGGGUCUGGUCUCCUUUUAUGAUGUUGAUGCUGCAGCUCUUAUCUACUCCUUUACUGGCUGCUGCUUCACUGAGAAACUCUACCCAUACUUUGGUCCUUGUAAUAAUGAUGCUGGUAAAAACUCUGCCCCUCUGAUCAUCUCUCCUGUCAAUCACACUGAGUAGAACAAUUGUUUGAUUUUCUACAGAAACAUUCACUGUUAGUCAAUAAAAUAAAUGUGUACUGACUGGUGACGUAAAGUUUAAAUAUAGUUGAUUAAGCAGAUUCUGAUCAAUGUGUUUUUUCUACUUUAUUUCUUUACAUUCAGUCUGAUUUAUUUUAAUAACUGCAUUUCCUGCCUUCAAGACGGUUCAAUCAUCAGAACAAUGUACUCAUAAAUAAGAAGCUUUAAAUGUCUGGGAGCCAAAUUCAAAACUCUUUAUUGUCUGAUCAUUGUUUAUGUAAGAAGUUUUUCAUAUUGACACAAAUUACUCAAGAAAGUGAUAUGAAACCCCUUAUAUGUUAAUGGAAGCUUUUAAAAAUAAGGUGUUUCAAUGGUUUUAUUCUGUACCAUGUUAAAUUAAAGGACACAAUAGGGAUUUCUUUCUGGUGUGUUUUCAGGGGUACAUUUUAUACAUAUAUGUUCAUAAUUAAUUUAAACAUUAAUGAAAUCUGAUAAUUAACCAUUUAGCUGCAGUAGUUUUACACACCAGAGAUAAAAUGUCUCAACUGUCUGCUGUGGUAUUGUUUCUUUCAAAUUGUGUUCCCCUCUCUGUCGACUGUAAAGUUUGAACAAAAGU